CAAGAAUAACAUGCGCUCGCGAGGAGUCGGGCGCCAGUAUGAUAUUGCGGUUGCGCGCGACCUCGCGAUUUCUUCUCGUGGCGGGGUAGCAAUUGCAGGGAACUUACCUGGGCAGCUCAUCCGGAUUGUAUGGUCGAUUGUAGGCCAUGUUAAGACUGGUUUUGGUGAAAUGUGAGAAAAAUGAUCUUGAGCGAAAGACGUGGCCUGGCACAGUCAAUUAAAUGAUGUAGAAGCCCGGAGGCGCGUGACGCAGUCUUAGGAGUGGCCCAAACGAUGGUUGCUGAUCAAGAGGCUGUGAAUCCCGACAAAGAAGCGGCGACGUUGGAUAGAAGGCUGGGGGGUCCGGGUUUUCAGCCGCUAAUAGGCCGCAGCAUGUGCCCGCUAUCUAAAGUGGUUGAGGUUUGGGGCGGGCGCAAGAUUUGUUUGCUUCUGACAGGCUGCACUUUUUUACAAGACAGGAUUCUGGCUGGUGAUUUACCAGCAGUUCGUAUUUCGUUUGCAGAAUUGCGGAAAACAAUGGCCGCAUACAGCCCUAGGUGGAUGUGGAGGUUUGACAAUUUGGCUUGGUGUCGCGCAGCACUAGACAAGCAGAUAGAGCUGUCAACCGUCUAUUACUCUGCGAUGCCGCGACCCGACUCCUUGUCAACCUGUAUGGAGUUUGGGCGUGGUGUAUUUAGGACAACGAUUGUUAUUGCUUGCCCGGAGAUGACGUCAAUUUGGCUGCGUUGUGCUAAUCAGUGACUGCUGUUGAGCGUGUGACUCGGUAUUCUUGACUCUUGACCGAGCAGAGGCAGAGCACCUGCAGG